AUGAGCAAGCCAGCGGGAUCAACAAGUCGCAUUUUAGACAUCCCUUGCAAAGUGUGUGGGGACCGCAGCUCCGGGAAACACUAUGGGGUUUAUGCCUGCGACGGGUGCUCGGGAUUUUUCAAGCGGAGCAUCAGGAGGAAUAGGACUUAUGUUUGCAAAUCGGGAAAUCAGGGGGGCUGCCCGGUGGACAAGACGCACCGGAACCAGUGCAGGGCCUGCCGGCUGAAGAAGUGCCUGGAAGUCAACAUGAACAAAGACGCUGUGCAGCAUGAGCGGGGCCCGCGGACAUCAACGAUACGGAAGCAGGUGGCCCUGUACUUCCGUGGGCACAAGGAGGAGAGCAGCGGCGCCCCACACUUCCCUGCCACCGCCCUGCCAGCACCCGCCUUCUUCACUGCCGUCACCCAGCUGGAGCCCCACAGCCUGGAGCUGGCCACUGUUGCUGGCACCCCUGAGAGGCAGACCCUGGUGGGUCUGGCGCAGCCCACUCCAAAGUAUCCACAUGAAGUCAAUGGUACCCCUAUGUAUCUCUAUGAAGUGGCCACUGAAUCGGUCUGCGAGUCAGCAGCCAGGCUUCUGUUCAUGAGCAUCAAGUGGGCAAAGAGUGUUCCAGCCUUCUCCACCCUGUCACUGCAAGACCAGCUGAUGCUUUUGGAAGAUGCUUGGAGAGAACUGUUUGUUCUAGGAAUAGCACAAUGGGCCAUUCCAGUUGAUGCUAACACUCUACUGGCUGUAUCUGGCAUGAACGGUGACAAUACAGAUUCUCAGAAGCUGAAUAAAAUUAUUUCAGAAAUACAGGCUUUACAGGAGGUUGUGGCUAGAUUUAGACAACUUCGGCUAGAUGCUACUGAAUUUGCCUGUCUCAAAUGCAUUGUCACUUUCAAAGCUGUGCCUACACACAGUGGUUCUGAACUGAGGAGUUUUCGAAACGCUGCCGCGAUAGCAGCCCUCCAAGACGAAGCCCAGCUCACUCUGAACAGUUACAUUCACACCAGGUAUCCCACACAACCCUGCCGUUUUGGAAAACUUCUAUUGCUUUUACCAGCUUUACGUUCGAUUAGUCCAUCUACAAUAGAAGAAGUAUUUUUCAAAAAGACCAUUGGAAAUGUACCCAUUACAAGACUGCUUUCAGAUAUGUACAAAUCCAGUGACAUAUAA